UAUUGGAGACAUUGCAUUGGCGAGGGUAAAGCUUGGGAUUUGUUGUUAGACCUUUUCACGUUUGUAGCGCCAUUUUAUGUCAAUAGUAUUAUCGCUGCCUAGCCAGAUCACAAAUGGUAUAAAAUCAAGGGACUCAGUUUCCUAAAUCAGCAGGUAACCGAGCGGCUUACUUAAAGCAUACUGGAAAACAACGGGGUAGGCAUCUAGACCGGAGGAGAGUAGCCUUGCAAGCUCGUUACUCUAGUCUUAUCUUUCAAACCAAGGAUGCGAACUUCGGCGCUGUCUGGUCUUACCACCGCGCUCAUAGCUGCACUCUGGGCGAGCGAGAUUAUUGCCGCCAGCGCCUCGGAUAAAACACCCCAGAUUCAUACUCUGCCGCCUCUACAAGAACAAGCUGAUAUCGUCAACUCAUGGACCGAGGAACGUAAAGCGCUGAUCCCGGGUCUCCUCCGCAAAUAUGGCAUAGACGCAUGGCUAAUGAGCCAACGCGAAUAUGCCGAAGACACGGUAUUCUGGGCACUAAAAGACGCCGUGCAGUUCUCGGCGCGACGACGGACGACGCAUCUCUUUCUCGCCUCGCCCAAGAAUGGCGCUAAGAACGCGUACUCGUGGAUUGACAACACGGCGGGUGUUUGGGAGGACCUACGCAAUCUCUUUGCCGAGCAACAGCCACGAAACAUAGCGCUUAACACUCAUCCUGAGAUCGCUUUCGCAUCUGGCCUGCAUGCUGGCGAGCUAGACACAAUCUCGUCAGCGCUCGGCGACGAGUGGGCGGAUCGCUUCACCCUCGAGCCUAUGCUUCCCGUCGAGGUAGUGGCCACCAUGGUACCUAGUAGAUUACCCUGGUACCGGCGUAUGCAGGAGACCGCAUGGGCAAUCAUCGAGGAGGCCUUUAGCGAGAAGGUGAUUGUACCUGGGGAAACGACGGCUCUGGACCUCGAGUGGUGGAUGCGAGAGAAGAUUCAGUCUCUCAAUUACACGACAUGGUUUCAACCUGGCGUCUACAUCCUGACAGCAGAGGGCUUCCCCUUGAAAAAAGAGCGGACCGCUUCUCGAAGCGAGUUACGGGCUUCAGCAGACCGACCCAUUCAAUAUGGCGACCUGAUCCACACCGACUUCGGUGUGACGGCGCUGGGACUGAAUACGGACACGCAGCAUCUAGGCUACGUGCUAUAUCCAGGAGAGACAGAAGCCGAUAUUCCCAAGGGAAUGAUCGAGGGUCUGAAGAAGGCGAAUCGCCUGCAGGAUAUAGUCAAAGCGAACAUGAAGAUUGGAUGGAACGGUAACAAGAUCCUGAAGGCAUCUCUAGCCCAGAUGCGCGACGAGGGCAUCGAAGGCAAGAUCUACUGCCAUCCUACAGGUGAAUGGGGUCACUCCGCGGGAACAGUAAUAGGCAUGACGAAUCUCCAAGAUGGCGUCCCGAUCCUCGGCGAAAUGCCAUUACUCAAGGACACCUACUACAGCAUCGAGCUCUAUGCAGAGCAUUUCGUUCCCGAGAGAAACCAGACACUGUUCUUCCCGCAGGAGGAAGAUGUCUAUUGGGACGCGAAUACCGAGUCGUGGGAGUGGGUAUAUGGGAGACAGGAGAAGUUCCUCCUCAUUAGCACGCCGGCCGAGGACGCCUCAAAAAGCCCUAGCGAGCUAUGAGAUGGAUAUACUGCGCAACACUACGAAUUAUUGCUAGUAAACUCAAUUGUAAUUACUAAAUCUCAUUUUUUGGGCCAAAUGUAUCUGCGCAGUCCAACACAAUAUUGCUAUAGUUCCCAGCUCGCACUGCGACGCUUCGUUCAGCUAGGCGUCAAUGUCUGACAGUCAACCGUAAGAUAUCAUCUUGAAUUGCUUGUUAUAAGCUUUCCGAGGAAAAAGCUUAUCGCCUAUAAAUAAGUCUGUUAUAAUACCUACCUACGUACAUAUAUAUGUAGCUAGGUAGCUAGCCGCUCUUACGCAAUACCACCGCCACAAAUAACAGUGUCGGACACCGGACAGAAAGUGGCAGCACACAAAUUUGCAUCCCUAUUCUCUGUGUCGCGUUUGUCCUGCUCCCUGGUAUUAUUUUUAUCUGUUUUGUCCCGACAACGACAGUCGUAUCUGUAGCU